AUGAUUUGGUGGAAGAAGAAACUCUACAGGCAGCAUUACCUGUGGGCCCUGGGCUGCUAUUUGCUGCUGGCCAUUGUUGCUCUGAGAUUCUCUCUUAGAUUGAAAUGCAACUUUGAUUCCCUGGAUCUGGAGUCCAGGAACUUUCAAAGCAAGCACUGUAGGGACAUCUUGUACAAGUCCCUGCAGUUGAGAGCAAAGAGAUCCAUCAACUGUUCCAGAAUCAUCCAAGGGGAUAAGGAAGCAGUGAUUGAGGCUCUCCUGGACAGGCUGGAGGUCAAGAAGAAGCGGGAGCCUUUCACAGACACUGACUACAUCAACAUGACCAGAGACUGUGAGUACUUUAAGGCCAAAAGGAAGUUCAUACAGUACCCACUCAGCAAAGAGGAGCUAGAUUUCCCUAUUGCAUACUCUAUGGUGGUCCACGAGAAGAUUGAAAACUUUGAAAGGCUGCUGAGAGCUGUGUAUGCCCCUCAGAAUGUAUAUUGUGUCCACGUGGAUCAGAAGUCCCCAGACACUUUCAAAGAGGCAGUCAGGGCAAUUAUUUCAUGCUUCCCAAAUGUCUUCCUGGCCAGUAAGUUGGUUAGGGUGGUUUAUGCCUCCUGGUCCAGGGUGCAGGCAGACCUGAACUGUAUGGAAGACUUACUCCAGAGCUCAGUGCCCUGGAAAUACUUCCUGAAUACAUGUGGAACAGACUUUCCCAUAAAGACCAAUGCCGAGAUGGUCCUGGCCCUCAAGAUGUUGAAUGGGAAGAACAGUAUGGAGUCUGAGAUACCUACUGAGAACAAAAGAUCUCGCUGGCAAUACCACUAUGAGGUAGCAGACACCAUAUACAUGACUAACAAGAGGAAGGACCCUCCCCCUGCUAAUGUGCCUGUGUUCACGGGGAAUGCCUACAUCGUGGCUUCUCGAGGCUUUGUCCAGCAGGUCUUCGAGAACCCCAAAGCCCGGCAACUGAUGGAGUGGUCCAAAGAUACCUAUAGUCCCGAUGAACACCUCUGGGCCACGCUUCAGCGUAUGCCAUGGAUGCCUGGCUCUGUUCCCUACCACCCCAAGUUUCACAUGUCAGACAUGGCUGCCAUUGCCAGGCUGGUAAAAUGGCAAGACCACGAAGGAAACAUCAACAUGGGGGCACCUUAUGCACCUUGCUCUGGAAUCCACCAGCGGUCUAUCUGUAUUUAUGGCAUUGGGGACCUUCCCUGGAUUCUUCAGAACCAUCACCUGCUGGCCAACAAGUUCGACCCAAAGGUGGAUGAUAACGUUCUCCAGUGCUUAGAAGAAUACUUACGGUAUAAGGCCAUCUACAGACUGAACUCUGA